GCAAUUCUUAUUAGUAUUUCAGAAAGAAAACGUACAGCGUGCUUAUUAGGUUAACAUUUAAUAUGUUAUUCACACCCACACCCACAAAAUAGGAGCCUUCCUAUUGACCACAAUGACCGCUCCUCUUUUCACAUACAGAACUCUAGGAAGAAAGACCGGGGUGAUGGACGCUGUUCAAAAACAUGAUUUACAUCAAAUUCCGCACCCAACUAUGUGCAGUAGGAGGUACAACCCCACUGUUUGCAGAGAGGGCAGGAGCUCUUCCUGCCAACCGCGGGCCGAAUCCGCCCUACGAGCGCCGGCCGGGGGCGAUCUGCGCGGGGCGCGGCCGUUGAGCCCCUCGGAGCAGGUGCGCGCGGCUCGCACCUCCGCCGCCUCCCACCGGCCUGCGGCCGCACGCGCAUGCGCGGUUAGCGGUCGCUGCUGGGCGGCCGCAGGCGGGUUUGGUCUGCGGAGACGCGGGGACCAGGUGGCGGCGACGCGGACAUCUGAGCUGCCUUGGCCGAAAACAGGCCCGUAAGACAGCGCUCUUUGGGACACUGUGGAUACAGAAACUGAGAGUUCCAGCCCUCAAUAAUCAAUAUGCAUUUCCAAGGCUUUUGGCUAUAUUUGGGUCUUUUAGUAAUCUCAGUUAAUGCAGAAUUUAUGGAUGAUGGUGUUGAGAUGGAAGACUUUGAGGAAAAUUCAAAAGAAAUUGAUGCUAAUGAAGGUGAACUCUCCUCAGAGAUUAAAUACAAGACACCUCAACCUAUAGGAGAAGUAUAUUUUACAGAAACUUUUGAUAGUGGAAGGUUGACUGGGUGGGUUUUAUCAAAAGCAAAGAAAGAUGAUACAGAUGUGGAGAUUUCUAUAUAUGAUGGAAGAUGGGAAAUAGAAGAAUUGAAAGAAAACCGAGUACCAGGUGACAGAGGACUGGUAUUAAAAUCUAGAGCAAAGCACCAUGCAAUAUCUGCUAUAUUAGCAAAGCCCUUCAAAUUUGCUGAUAAACCUUUGAUAGUUCAAUAUGAAGUAAAUUUUCAAGAUGGUAUUGAUUGUGGAGGUGCAUACAUUAAACUCCUAGCAGACACUGAUGAUUUGAAUCUGGAAAAUUUUUAUGAUAAAACAUCCUAUACCAUUAUGUUUGGACCAGAUAAAUGUGGAGAAGAUUAUAAACUUCAUUUUAUCUUCAGACAUAAACAUCCAAAAACUGGAGUUUUUGAAGAGAAACAUGCCAAACCUCCAGAUGUAGAUCUUAAAAAGUUCUUUACAGACAGGAAGACUCAUCUUUAUACCCUUGUGAUGAAUCCAGAUGACACAUUUGAAGUAUUAAUUGAUCAAAUAGUUGUAAACAAAGGAAGCCUACUGGAGGAUGUGGCUCCUCCUAUCAAUCCUCCCAAAGAAAUUGAAGAUCCCAGUGAUAAGAAACCUGAUGACUGGGAUGAAAGAGCAAAAAUCCCUGAUCCUUCUGCUGUCAAACCAGAAGACUGGGAUGAAAGUGAGCCUGCCCAAAUAGAAGAUUCAAAUGCUGUUAAACCUGAUGGCUGGCUAGAUGAUGACCCAAAAUUUAUUCCAGAUCCUAAUGCUAAAAAACCUGAUGACUGGAAUGAAGACAUGGAUGGAGAGUGGGAGGCACCUCGUAUUUCUAAUCCAGCAUGUCAGAUUGGGUGUGGUGAGUGGAGACCUCCCAUGAUAGAUAAUCCAAAAUACAAAGGAGUCUGGAGACCUCCCCUAAUAGAUAAUCCUAACUACCAGGGAAUCUGGAGUCCUCGAAAAAUUCCUAAUCCAGAUUAUUUUGAAGAUGAUCAUCCAUUUCUUCUGACUUCUUUCCAUGCUCUUGGAUUAGAACUUUGGUCUAUGACCUCUGAUAUCUACUUUGAUAAUUUCAUUAUCUGUUCAGAAAAGGAAGUAGCAGAUCACUGGGCUGCAGAUGGUUGGGGAGUAAAAAUAAUGAUAGCAAAUGCUAAUGAGCCUGGUAUACUUAAACAACUAAUGGCAGCUGCCGAAGAGCACCCGUGGCUUUGGCUCAUUUAUCUUGUAAUAGCAGGGCUUCCAAUAGCAGUAAUUACUGCAUUUUAUUGGCCAAGAAAAGUAAAGAAAAAAUAUGAAGAUACAGAAUAUAAAAAAACUGACAUAUGUAAACCACAAACAAAGGGAGCACUGGAGCAAGAAGUAAAGGAGGAAACACUAGCCCUGGAGAAGCCAAUAGACUUGGAAGACGACAAAAGGCAAAGUGAUGGUGAAAUUCUUGAAAAGGAAGAGGAAGGUGAAUCUGAGAAGAGUGAAGAAGAAAUAGAUAUCCUAGAAGGACAAGAAGAAGGUAAUAAAUCAAAUAAGUCUGGAUCAGAGGAUGAGAUGAAAGAAGCAGAUGAGAGCACAGGAUCUGGAGAUGGCCCAGUAAAGUCAGUACGCAAGAGAAGAGUACGAAAAGAGUAAACUAUAUUCAAGUAUUUUUAAUUCCUGAGAGAUGUUUGGCAUUCUAAAAUCAGUGUGCCAGAAAUGAACUUGAAUCGAUCUGCACAUCCUGUUUCUACUAUCUAGAAAUGUUACUCUUUCUGACAUUUAUUUUAGUCUUUCUUUUCAGAGAAAAAAAAAACUUUGAAGUUACAAGGUCUUUCAAUUUAGAAUAAAAGAAAAGUGGCAUGUUACAUAUCAGAUUUAAGAAAUGAAUGCCAUUAAAAGUUACACAGUUUUAAUAGUUUGGAGAAAGUUUUGGUUUGUACAGAACAGAAUAAUAUACAGCAACUUCGCUGCUAUUAGAAAAAAUCAGUUAUUGGAAUUUCCUCUUAAAUGGCUAUACUACUAUUUAACUGGCAGUUCUAUAAUAAAAAUGAGAGUGUGUUCUGUUGUACAGAGCUAAAUGCAAUAAAGUUACUGUAUGGUUGGUUGAUUCUAUCAACAAUUGAAA